AUGUCGUGGUCUUCGAAAGAUCAUGUUUGGAAUAUUUCAAAGUAUACGGAUUUAAGAUUCCCAAGCAAUAAUCCAAUUGUUUUGGAACAUGAUCUCGUACUAUCCAUUCAGAAGUCUGCGAAGCUUCUUGUUCUCGCUCAUGGUAAUCGUAAACUACAUCAAGUACCUCUGAGAGAACCAUAUCCUGUAAUUAAAUUCCGAGACUUGUCCUUCUAUGUUUCUUUAAGAAUUCACGAUAGGGACAUUAGGUUCCGAUUUAGAGCCAUGAGCAUGAAAGAUUCAAGAGACAUCACAAACGUUAUUUCUCAGUUCACAAAUGUUCAGCAACACGUUAGCAAGAACCGCGGGAACUCUCGAACCAAUUCAAACUCUCCGUUCUCUCAAGAAGCUUUCAAACAUUCUCCAAAUGAUAGCUACGACGCUUUCGGUUCGGUGUCUAGCAAUGAUUCAAUGUCAUCUCCAAGAUAUACUGAAUCUGCUACUCCACCCCAUCGCAAUUCCUACGGAGGAGAUUAUGGCGGACUGAGCGAUGUUACCCCAUCUAAUUCUUAUAGAGAAACUAUCGAUUGUGGAUCACAAACCGACCAAGUGCCAAGCUACGCAAGUAUGAAUGCUAUUGAAUUGGAAGAGCAUUUGAGGAAGUUGUUGGAUUCACCAUCAUUCCAAAACUUGUUAUCGAACACCAAGACGGCUUUGAACAGAAUAAAGGGAACUGAUUUAAGUAGAGUUAUAACAAAGGGCAGACGGCGAGGCAAGAUGGCAAGCACUCGUUCGUCGUCACAAGCAGAAUCCAUUAUGCAGAGAUUUUAA